AUGACCCACUGGUUUGAAUUAAGAAGGUACUUUGUAUGUGGGAGGUCUUACCUUUGUCAAAGGAAUAAUCCUUUUUUCUUCUCUCUGAUAAUACGAUUUAUUCUCCCGUUAGACAAACUUGGUUUUAAACAUUUAUACGGACAAAAUCAAGUGGAGCCGGUUCAACCAAACGUUGCUUUCGAUAUAGCAUCAUUAGUUCUAUAUGGCACUCAAGCUCUUCCUAUUCGUCUUAAAAUACUUUUAGAUCGAUUAUUUUCGGUAUUACAAAGAGAAGAAGUUCUUCAAGUUCUUCACGGUUUCGGAUGGACGCAAGAAGAUUAUGCAAGGGGAUACAUUUUACAGGAGCCGCACGGGACCGUUUUGGAAAGAUGGAAUAUAUGCAGUCCGGAAGAAGAACCGCUAGUGCUUCAACAGUUCCUUAGAUUUGGCGAAACUAGAGCCAUUACUCAACAAUUGUUACUCGCUCAAGCUGAUCAAGCAGCUGCUUUCGCGUCUACCCUCUCAAAUGAUAGAGAACGCGAAAAAGAACGAGACCGCGAGAGGGAGAGAGAACGAGACAAACAUUUGCAAUUACAUCAUCAGCUCAAAGCAGAAUCAGACCUCAAAAAAGCAAUUGAAAAAUCAGGAUUGAAACAGCCAAAGCUAGAAGUUAUAUCGAGCUUAGAAGAUAGAAGCAAAUCAUCACAUCGAGAAGAAAGAAUUCGGACGAGAACGGUUUCCCCUCCUAGAAGAUUAUCAUCUCCUCAUUCUCAACAUAUAUCUCAUCAUCCUUCUCCCUCGAGCAGACCCUCACCGGCUCCUCCUAGUCCUCUUCAAAAGCAAUCUCCUUUAAACCUUCUCAAGUUGCCUCCUCAAAACGGACCGGCAUGCACCGUUUCAUCUCCUCCCGGAAGUCUUAACUCCAGCCCACUAAGCGUUUCGCCGCUUAACAGGCUUCAGAACAUGCAACCGUUUGAUUUUCGAAAAGUGGCCGGAUCCAGUGCUUUCUCAUCGAACGAACCUGGAAGAAGGAGAAUUUCAGAAAACUCUGACACUAGUCCAUCUGUUAACGUAACGAGCCCGACUUGGCAUUUACCUCCUCCAUUGCCUCCUCCCUCAACUACGACAAGUAGUAGUUCCACGGUACCUGUAAAUUUGAGUCACUCUGCUCUUUCUACGAAUUCCUUGUCUACGGCCAAUUUAGUGGGCUCAUCGUUUACAAACAUAAUGCCAUCCGCCGUUGGUGGAUCCGGAAAUAAAUCUCCUUCGAUAAAAACGGAAAAAGGAGGGACUAGCGAAUUCGGAUCCGAAGAAGACGAUGAAGACGAAGAAAAUUCUCACAAUGCGUUGAACCUCAGUCGUGACGGUACUCAUAAACCAACAAAAAAAAGUAAUCAUCAGAGAAAAGGUGUUUCACCGAUGAAGAGAGCUUGGGGAACAUCGUCAGCGUUGCCACUCAAUUUGGGCACGCAACUCAUUAAUCCGGCAACGGGUAAAAAAAGAGUUCAGUGUAACGUUUGCUUGAAAACCUUCUGCGAUAAAGGAGCUCUUAAAAUUCAUUUUUCGGCCGUACAUUUAAGAGAAAUGCACAAAUGCACCGUUGAAGGAUGCAACAUGAUGUUUAGUUCGAGACGUUCUAGAAAUCGCCACAGUGCAAAUCCCAACCCGAAACUUCAUUCUCCUCAUUUGAGAAGGAAAAUUUCUCCUCACGACGGUCGAAGUUCGCAGUCUCAUCCCAUACUUAUCCCACCACACGGAGCCCUUUCACUUCCCGCAGGAGGACUUAAUCCUCUCUCGUUCGGAGCUUUUCCUUUACUCACUUCUCCACCAGAACUCAGGCAUCAAACUUCCGCCUUAGAUUUAAAACAAAGUUUAGAUUUGUCAUUAAACAAAUACGAAGACCGCCGAGGUGAUUACGGCGGCAACACGAAUCAAUCACCAGAUCACGGGGUUUGUGGUAAUUCGAAUAAUCAAUACGACGACAUGGAUGACGAGGAAGAUUACGAGGGAAUAGUAGUCGUGGGAGACGACGAACAAGACCAAGAAGGUGACGAUCAAAAUGAUAAGAAUACCGACGAGGAAGUUGCACCUAAAAAAAUUAAAAUGAACGUGAUGGAUAUAGACGACGUCGCCAGUAAUAUAGACAGCAACGAGGAUUCGUUGAGUGUUGUAGAUAAUCAAAGUGUGAAAGAAGAAACGGCCGUCGAAGGAGGCGGCAAUACCAAUGAAAUUAACAAACCCAGAAGAGGCAGAAAGCGAAAAAAUCAAAAUCCUACGCGCUGUGCUAUACCAGUAAGAACUUCUCACGACGAUGGAAUGUCUACAGACGGAGAAGGAUCUCACGAGCCGGAUAAUAUAUUUUGUACAAAAAAAGAAAGCAACUUACCAAAAACAGAAGCAGAAGAUGCAAACGUUAAGUCUGAUGAAAAACCCGUUGUUGAAACCUCGCAAAAAAAUGAAGUGAGCGAGAACGAGGGAUGCAAAAAGGAAAAAGAAAAUUCAAUUUCACAAGAUCAAGAAAAAGAAAAAUCUUCUACGACUAGCCCUACCGGUGAUCACGGAAACGUUUCUAAUCCUCUUAGGCAUUUGGAAAGCUUAUCUCAAGGGCGUUUUGGUGAUGGGAACGGAACGGAUGGGGAAACCCGAUUUCCAGGAAUAUCUUUUACGGGUGGGGGUCAACUUAGUCCAGCCAAAUCUCAUUCGUCAACCUUAUCUAAUGGUCCAGAUUCUCCCGGAGACGAAAAUAACGAAGGUAUUUUUUCUCUAGACGAUGGUUUUUUAGGUUUAGAUGUUCCCUUAGAUAAAAAUAAUCCCCGUAAAUGUACCGCUUGCGGAAAAUUAUUUCAGAAUCAUUUCGGUGUAAAAACUCAUUACCAAAAUGUCCAUUUGAAACUAAUGCAUGAAUGUUCUAUUAAAGGGUGCAACGCGGCAUUUCCAUCGAAACGAAGCAGAGACCGUCACAGUGCAAAUUUAAAUCUCCACCGGAAGCUAUUAUCAACAACGUCUGACAAAAUUACCAACAUAUGGGAUAAAGGGCAUUUUCCGACGAAUGCUCCAUUUCACAGCGAUUUCCUAUCGCGACUCUAUUCCGAACCUACGUCACUUCCUUUAAAUUACGACACGUUUAAAAAUCACACCCAACUAUUGACGGAUGAUCUCCUCAACGGCGAACGAAUGCUUGCCUCAAGUCAUUUGCCAUUUCCAUCGUUGGGUUUUCCUAAUUUAAACUUUCCCGGACACCCAUUCAUUCCCAACGGUUUGGACAGGAAAGAACAACAACACAGAUCAAGAUCCACAUCGCCGGCAUCUCCUCCGAGCGCAUCAUCUCCGGCUUUAAGCGUAGAAUUUGACGUACCCACACCGGAUAAGGACGGCCUUCUUCCCUGUAAAUAUUGUAGGCAACCAUUUUCUGACGGGGGAUCACUUAAAGAACAUUACGAACAAACCCACGCUUCCGAUUUGUUUAAAUGCAAAAUAUCCGGAUGUCCAAAAGUGUUUAUAUCGCGAACCGUGAGAAAUGCACAUUACGAAAGGCAUUUGGAAGCCGGUGCUCAAAGGAGAGGAAGCGCUUCAUCAAACGAAUACGGUUCGUGA